UACACCUCAAAGCCCUGGAUUUCUACUUUCGUACACGAUACCCAGAUAAAAAAAAAUGGGGAGGAAAGCGGAGAAUUCAGUAGCGUAUCUGGUAGUUGGUGUUCUGGUGUUGUUAGCCAUUGAUGGGGUUCAAAGUCGAGGUCUGGAAGAGAAGAAGAGUAGGGGGUCAAAUGGGUUGGUAUCAGACGGCAUCAGCAGCGGCCAGUAUCUAGUUCUGAAUGGAAUAAGAAUGGAUCCAUCAUCAUCAUCAUCAUCAUCAUCAUCAUCGUGUGAAGAAAUGUAUGGAUUCUUGCCAUGCUCAAGCAGCAUAUGGGGGCAUCUGUUUCUAAUAAUGCUGUAUGAGUAUUUGUUGUUUCAUGGAGAAAUCUACUUGGCUGCUGGCGGCGAGCAAGUGUUCAGGAUUCUUGGACCUGGUGUCUUCGGUGCUAGUGCCGUCCAUGUCCUUGGAGUUCUCCCUGAGGCCAUCCUUCUCCUUGCAUCAGGACUUUUGCAUGGCAAAGAGGUUGCUGAAGAGUUCGUGUUUACUGGAGUUGGAUUGUUGGCGGGUUCCUCAAUUUUACUUCUCACUGUUCUUUGGGGAACUUGCAUUAUUCUUGCCGGACAAAAUCUUCAUCACCAUCCUAAUCAAAAUUCACGCUUCCACAAGUUUUUACAUUUCUUCACCGAUUUUGGUGUACAUACAGAUAAAAAGACCCGCUACAGUGCAAUGAUCAUGGUGGUGUCAAUAUUACCAUUUUUGAGUAUCCAACUCCUCAAUUUCUUCCCCAGUUCGUAUUCAGGCCGUCAAAUUAUUCUCUUGUUUGCCCUCUCCAUUUCCUCUCUCUUAUUGCUUGUCUACUUCAUCUACCAGAUAUUUAAGCCAUGGAUUCAGAAAAGAAAGCUGGAGUUUGUUAAAACUGAGCAUUUAAUGUUGGGAAUUCUAAAACUUGUGGAGGAACAAACACAAGGCAGAAUUCUCACUGAGGAUGGAGCACCCGAUGUAAACGCUAUAAAGAGGCUGUUUGAUGAAAUUGACGUUGAUGGGGAUGAGACACUAUCGCAUUCAGAGUUGACAAAGCUGAUUCACAAGGUUGAAUUUCCAACAGGACAAGUCGACAAGAAGAGUGCAGUUGCAAAAGUUAUGAAUGAAUUUGACGUUAAUGGCGACAACAAAAUAACUAGGGAGGAAUUUGUUCAUGGAUUCAUAAGAUGGACUAAGCUCUUCUUCCAUAACCUCAAACUCAACCAAUCUCAUCACAAAUCCUUGCAGGAUGUAUAUCACCAGAGUUUACAACCCUUGAUUAAGAACAAAAAAAGAGAACGGGAAAUAAUGGGAAAUUUGAUAGAAGGAAUACUGAAACAUUUUGAAAGCAAUGCAAUUGGACGCUUCCUCAAAGAGGAUGGUAACCCUGAUGAAGACAGUAUACAAAGAUUAUUUGAAAGGAUUGAUCGAGAUGGAAAUAAUUACAUAUCAAAAGAUGAAUUGCAACAAGUUAUUGAAGAUAUCAAGUUUGGUGAUAUUCCCUUAAAUCCAGACGAAAUCGUAGCCAAACUUAAUCAAGAACUUGACACCAAUGAAGAUAGUAAUAUAAGCCGAGAAGAAUUCACUCGUGAAUUUUCAAGAUUGAUCAGCACAUCAACACAACAAACUCCUCCCUGUGAUAAUGACGAAGACCAGUCCAAAGAUGACGACGAUUAUCAAAAAACAUGGGAGAAAACUGAUGAAAUAUUGGUGAAUGAGGAGAAUAGCAAUAAGGGGGAAAGAGAUUAUGAGAAGUCAAUAUUAAAAUGGCUGAAGGCAAUAGGAAGCAUGGUUUUUGGAGUAGCCAUACUAGCAGUUCUAGCUGAACCUUUAAUAUUUAGCGUUCAAGAUUUCUCAAAAGCUGCAAAUCUUCCAACUUUCUUUGUAUCAUUUAUGUUGCUCCCAUUAGCAACCAAUGCUAGAUUUGCUACUUCAGCAAUCACCGCAGCUUACCGGAAGAAAUCAAGAACUACUUCUUUAGCAUUCUCUGAGAUAUACAGUGGAGUCUUCAUGAAUAACAUUCUGGGAUUCUGUUUGUUCGUUUCAUUAAUCUAUUUUCGUGGAUUGAGAUGGGAGUUUUCUGGUGAAGUGCUGGUGGUUGCGAUCGUGUGUGCUGCAAUGGGUGUCAUUGCAAGUUUUUGCUCAACUUUUCCCAGAUGGACUGCAUUUCUGGCAUUCCUUCUUUAUCCCUCCUCGCUGGUUCUUGUUUAUAUUCUUACAUAUGUCGUCAAUUAUGUUUGAUAUAAAUCAUCUUAGAGAGGCUAUGUGAUUGUUCAUUGUUUUGUUUUGUUUAUUGUAUUUCUGCCCUAAAUCUUCAAAUGAUGCAGCAUUAGACCUUUAAAGUUGUAAUCUAAUGAGAAGCUAUUGUUUACAGCA